AUGGCAGACCCCAGCACAUCAGGGCUAUCGACCGACAAUGAAGCCGAUGACUCGACCACAGCUCGCGGAGAAAAGACGAGGCAGUUGAGUACCAGGGCAUGCGAUGCGUGUCGUGCUCGGCGGAGGAAAACUCAGCCACCUGCUGUCAUCUCUCCAGAGUUACACGUCGAGAGUCCAACCCAUUACGAAGAAGAAGAAACACUCCAUACAGAAGUUCCGACAUCUCUUGGUAAUUCUGAUCUGACGCUGGCAUUUGGAUCGUCGCCAAAUGCGCCAUCGCCCAGCCGUCCACCUAUUCACAGCCAUGUCGCGCACUUCAACCAAUCUCGAAAUGCCGAGUUAUUCGAUACACAGUUCCAGACGGAUGAAAUAUGCCCCCGAAGCUUGUUCAUGAUCAUCAUGACCGACUAUAUCGACCAUAUUUACCCACUCGUUCCUGUCGUACAUCUUCCAACCUUUCGUAAGGACCUAGCAUCGAAUAAGGACGUCACCGACCUCGACACUCUACUGCUCUUCGUAUCAAUAGCUUCGUUGACUGUCGGCUUGCUGCCAUCAAAAUUUGACAGUUAUCAUGCCCUAGCAGCUCGCUUCGGUACUCGCACAGCUACGAUCAGUCACUGCUCUCAGAUGUGCAUCCGCCUUCGCCCCGCGGACUACUGGGAUCAUAUCAGCCAUCGGAAGUGGGCUACUGCAUAUUGUCUCUCGAUCGGAGCGUUUCAAGUAGGACAGAUCAACCAAAGCCGCAUGUUUGAAGCAGAGUCAAUGCAGCUCGCGCGACUGUUAGGCAUGCAUCUAGUAUCUGAGUACGAGGGAUUGAAUCCGAUUGAAACUCAAUUACGCAAGAAGUCGUUCUGGCUGCAGCUCUACACUUUCGCCCAUUCCAAGAUACAACCUGGUAGAUGUAACUACUUGACAUAUCUCGACAACUACACUAUUAGAGAUGUGAACUUUGCCGCAUUGGAACCUCUCAAUAUCGUAGACGAGAACAUAACCGAAACAGGAAUUGUUGGCCAGCUUCCAUUGACACCAUCGGUUGGGCUACCAAAUAACACAGACUCAGCAGACGACGCGCCGUUUCACUCCACAACCGUCUUCAUCAUGGCAUCUCGCGCAUUCCUCUUGGGUAUGCGAGAGUCUAUGGUCAAUGAUGGCUGCAACUGCGGCUUUGGUCGGUCCCCAGAAGAGCGUCUGUCGAAGCUGAGAGAUCUUCUUGAUCAACUGCGGUAUAUACUUGAUGGCUUGCCCACGCACAUGCGCCAGUGGGGGCCAGGCGAUAACUAUCAAUCGUUUGAUGGUGGCGAAAGGCGUCAAGAUGCUUUUAGUGGUGCAAAUAUUGAGCAUUUGCAGAAUGAGAGUACUAGGGCCAACCUACACGUCAGCCACUUGUGGCUACAGAACUUUCUGCUUGAUAAAAUGGAUGUCGCUUUGCAAGAGAUGAAGGACCGAGAAGGAGACGACUCCUACGUCACGAUGCAGCUAAAGCAAAAUUGGAGAGACCGUGAAGAUGUAGCGCGCCAACUACUCCAUAUCCUCCACAGUAUCCCCCAUGCUUACCUAGAGCCCAACGGUCUAUAUCUCAUCUACAAAGUCCGCAGCAUUGCGAGCUCCCUGCUGAACUGCCCCUUUGAGAUGGACAGGCAGCUUUCCCGUCGGGUUUCGGAGUACAUCCAGGAGUUCACAAAAGUGCUGUCGUACCUCGACAGGAGCGAGAUUGUCAACACUGACGGGUUAAGGAGUUGGAUAGACGAGGGUCAGCAUAUGCAUCAUGAUACCUAG